UUCCUCGGCAAUGGUUGAUCGUCUGAGAUUCUUCUCAGACGAACUCAAGAAAAAAAUCCAGUGAAAGCACCUGCAAACUCCAACCAAUCGGGCGUCGGUAUGUACUGCUCGGAGAAGUCGCGUCCGGUGGACUUCGUCGGAGGAGGAGAAGAAGAAGAAUCGGAAAGAGAGAUGAUGAUGGAGGUGGUUUCAGUCUCCGCCAAUGGCGUGCUGCCACCUCACCAGAGGGCCCACACGCAGAUGAUAAUUCUGGGAGAGAACAACAGCAGCGGAUCAGGAGAAGAGCAGGAGGUGAAAGCCCCGAAGAAGAGGGCGGAGACGUGGGUCCAGGAAGAGACCCGGAGCCUAAUCGGGUUCAGGAGAGAGGUCGACGGGCUCUUCAACACCUCAAAGUCGAACAAGCAUUUGUGGGACCAGAUCUCCGCCAAGAUGAGGGAGAAGGGAUUCGAUCGCUCUCCCACCAUGUGUACGGACAAGUGGAGGAACUUGCUUAAGGAGUUCAAGAAGGCCAGGCACCAAGUCAGAGUCGGUAGUAGGUCUGCUAAGAUGUCGUAUUAUGAGGAUCUUGAGGAGCUUCUCAGAGACAGGAACAAGCACAAUAAUAGCAAUAAUAGUUGCAACAAUAACAAUAAUAACAAUAAUAACAAUUCUGCUGUUGCUGUUUUGGGUUCGGCUUACAAGACUCCAGCUCCUCCCAAAGUUGACUCCUUUAUUCAUUUCUCUGAUAAGGGUCUUGAGGAUGCUAGUAUCCCAUUUGGCCCAAUUGAAGCUAGCGAUCGUUCUGCAGUAAACUUGGAGAGGCGGUUGGAUCAUGAAGGUGAUCCACUUGCUAUUACUGCAGCUGAUGCAGUUGUAGCCAGUGGAGUUCCACCUUGGAAUUGGAGAGAUCCCCCUGGAAAUGGAGGAGAGAGCCAAUCUUCUUAUUGCGGAAGAAUCAUUACAGUCAAGUUGGGAGAGUAUAGCAGACGCAUCGGUAUUGACGGAACUGCGGAUGCAAUAAAGGAGGUGAUCAAAUCCGCUUUCAGAAUAAGAACAAAGCGGGCGUUUUGGUUGGAGGAUGAAGAUCAGGUUGUCCGGAGUCUUGACAGGGAUAUGCCUCUGGGAAACUAUACCCUACACCUUGAUGAAGGAAUUACAAUAAAACUUUGCUUCUAUGAUGAGUCGGACAGAGUUGUGGUGCGUAAUGAAGAGAUAACGCUGUACACAGAGGACGAUUUCCGUGAUUUUCUCACGCGCCGUGGCUUCACCGGUUUAAGAGAAUUGAGUGGCUAUCGGCGCAUUGAUACUUUGGAUGAUCUUCAGUCUGGUGCAAUGUACCAAGGAGUCAGACUUCUUGGCGACUAGCCUGCAAUUUAUCUUAUAAAUCCCUCUUAGAUUGUAAAAGGUCACGCCGUAUUUUCUUUUUUCUUUUUUCUGUUUGGUUAAAUCCUACUAUUUUCAAGACAAGACUUAAUGUAUAUACAGUUAUACAGUA